GUCACAAAUUACUCUCUCAAUCAAACGUCAAAGAAAAAUAUAAUUUAGGAGUCUUUCUUUAGGGAUAGCAAAUGCCUGAGAAAAUGCAUUGUUUUCAAUAUAUAGUAGCUCUUCUUUUCUGUGCAGUUUUACUUGAGGGAUCAUCGUCCAAUGGCCAACUUAGCCCAUCAUUUUACGAUGAAGCAUGUCCAAAUGCGACAAGCAUCGUCCGACAAGUACUUGAGAACGCUGCGCUGUCAGAUCCUCGGAUUGGUGCCAGUCUUAUCAGGCUUCACUUCCAUGAUUGCUUUGUUCAAGGAUGUGAUGGAUCAAUUUUGUUGGACGAUCCUGUGAACGGAGAGAAAGAAGCUCUUCCGAAUAAUAAUUCAGCAAGGGGUUUUGAAGUUGUUGAUGCCAUGAAGGCAGCAUUGGAGAGUGCUUGCCCCAACACAGUUUCCUGCGCUGAUAUUCUCGCCAUUGCAUCUGAAGAAUCUGUCUGCCUAGCAGGCGGUCCUUCAUGGGCAGUUCCGUUAGGAAGAAGGGAUGGCUUAACAGCAAAUCGAACACUUGCCAACGCAAACUUACCAGCUUUUUUUGAACCUCUUGAUAUAAUCAAAUCCAAGUUUAGAGCCGUGGGGCUUGACACUAGCACUGAUGUAGUAGCGUUGUCCGGUGGUCACACAUUUGGCCGGGCUCAGUGUUCCACUUUUACCGCUCGACUGUACAACUUUACAGGCGUGGGAGAUACCGAUCCGAACCUGAACACUACAUACUUGGAAAAACUACGCCAAAUAUGCCCUCAGGGUGGAAAUGGUAGUGUUUUGGCAGAUCUUGAUCCCACGACACCUGAUGGUUUCGACAAUAACUACUUCACUAAUCUCCAAGUUCAUAAAGGCCUGCUUCAAAGUGAUCAAGAGCUGUUUUCGACUGAGGGUGCUGAUACCAUUGAAAUUGUGAACAGGUUUAGUGCUAAUCAAACAGCCUUCUUUGAAAGCUUUGUGGAAUCUAUGAUCAGGAUGGGAAAUAUCAGCCUGUUAACCGGUACGGACGGAGAAAUCAGAUCGAAUUGCCGCGUGGUGAAUGCAGCCACGAUCAGAUCGGGUUCAGAUGUUGCUCUUGUGAGCUCCAUAUAAAUUGUAUAUGAAGUUCAAGGCCAAGAAACAAAUGGCGUGUGCGUGUGCGUGUGCGUGUGCGUGUGCGUGUGCAACUCUAAAUAAGUACAAGUGAUCCACAGAUAUUUAUUUACUUCAAUUAUGUGUAGCUGAAAGAAAUCAUAAACAUAAUCCUGUUGUCUGGUUUGAAUUUGCCGUGUUGAGUGGGAAGUAUGUCCUUUUUCUCUUCCUGAUUUUUACUUUUUCUUUCUUUCCUGAUAUUUGAGAAGGUGGACAAUUUUGAGAUUUUUCUUUGGUUUUUUCAUGUUCAUUGGUCCAUUGUUCUUUGGUUUAUUAGUGAACUUAUUUGUUUGGUUUAUUUUA